UAUUAUUUCAGUUGUCGGUUAAGUCGGUCGCAAAAAAUGAAAACGUCCGUGUAAAGAAUUCGGUUUUAUUAUAAAAAAAUAUUUUUUCUUCCACUCUUCAUAAAAAUUCAUUUCAAGUUUCAACUGUGCGAAGUGAAGACAUGAAAAGAACAUAAGGAAAAGCAAAAGCAAAAAUACAAGAUUUUGGACUUUUAGCAAAAUCGCAAAGAAAAGAAAAAUAUUUUUUAUUUUAUUUAAUUUUUGAGGUUCUUCAACAACCGAGGCGAAUAAAAUAUAAAAGAAUUUGAGAAUUUCCAUUGCUAAUUUUUCUCAAAUGAUUCGUAAUAUCUUUUUUUUUUCGGUGGAAGUUUAACAAGACACAUCAAGCGAGAAAAAAUGAAAAACUUUAAAAUCUGUGAAUGGAAGAACAAGAGAGAAAGAAAGAAAUCAGUGAAUUUCAAGACUUAUUUUUUAUUUUGAUGUAUCAAUUUCACGAAUUUUCAACUGUCUGAGACUCGCUUUUCUUAUCAUGUUAAGUGGCAGUGUUAAUUGAAUUAAACGAAAUUAAAAAGAAAAUAAUUUUCUUUCGCGGUGAUUUAUUUUUAGUGGAAAAACACCAGCAAUUCUUUCGUCUCUUCUCACAUUGUUCAUUCAAAUUCAAUUCUUCGUAGCAUCAAAGAAAGAAAUAAUGUUGAAAAAGCAGCGCCAGAUAACAGCACAAAGAGAAGAAAUGAACAGUUUUUUGAUUGAAAUCGAAACAUUGUAAAAGAAAUUAAAACCGUGAAACAAAAUAUAGUUCGCCGAGAUCAUUGCGUGAAUGGCAAAAAAAUAUUCCAAGAAGCGAUCUUCAGACAAAAAUAAUUCCCCGAUGAUAUUAAAUGACCAUAUGGCUGAAUUGAGACGAUUAUGGCUAUGAAUCUCCAAGAUAAGCUGAGUGAAGGGACUUUUGGUCGUCGAUGUUCUAGGAAGCCUACUUUCCCGUCCAUUCUAAAAUUUGCUGUCUCAUCGAACGAACAACAAAGCGUUCAACUUCUUUUUUGGUAUGAUGUGGUCGACAUGACAUGAUAUUUGAUUAUUUUCUCCCCUCCUCGAAUAUUCUGUUUUUUAUUCUCUCUCUGAUACGUCCACAUCAAGUCAUCGACGCAUCAACAUUUGAUAAUUUAUGUGAGUAAAGGAUAAGAAGAACUUUACACAGCAGGUAAAUUGGUAAAUUGCUUAACAUCCCAAAAAUUUCUUCCCUCAUUUAAAUGCUUAAUAUUCUCAUCAAUGCAUCUUCAAUUAUUUAUAAUUUUUACAAGGAAACAAACAGAACUGAAAAGAAGGCAGAAAUUUGAGUGAGCUGAAAUCGUCUCAACAUUCCCACUUCACAUAAUACAAUAUAAUUAUUUAACUUUGUAGGAAGCAUUAACUGCAGGCAAAAAGAAUCGAACAAUGUACGUUUGCACACGCGGCGCGUAAUGCUAUUGAUAUGUGAUUACUAAUUUUUAAUAAUAUUUUUUUGUGUAUCAUGAAAAUUGAUGCGUGAGACGAAUUCAAAUUUUUACGCAACUCGUUUUGAUUGAACAUGCUUUUGUUCUCAUCAGCUGGUUAUUGAAUUGAUUUUUGAGAUCGGUUACACGCGCAUAAAGACUUUAUGUCCAAUUAUCGAUGAACGAUUGUAAAAACUAACAAAACAAUGAAAUUUUACGUCUUGUUUGAUC